AUGGAAGCACUAGCACUAGCACACCAUUUGGCAGGCGGGAACGCGGCACAGAGCCAGAAAGGCAGAACCACAUCCUCACCUCGGGCCUUGUAUGCGCUCUAUCCAGGGUAUGUGCGACCCGUGCGUCCGGAGCCGCGCAAUUGCGGGGAAGGGUUGACACAAAGUGCCCAUCGCUCGCGGGAGCAACAUGCAGGUCAGCUGCCGCCUUCGCUAGUCUCCCGAAGGCACUGGCGGACGGUGGACAUUCUGCUUCGACCUCAGGAUAUUAACAUCCGCCGUCCCAUCGAACGUUCUGCAGCCCUGUCUGUCUGA